GAUAAUUUAGGUAAUCAUGUCUGGACGCGGCAAAGGCGGCAAGGGUCUGGGUAAGGGAGGCGCUAAGCGUCACCGCAAGGUUCUGCGCGACAACAUCCAGGGCAUCACCAAGCCAGCUAUCCGCCGCCUGGCCCGGCGUGGCGGCGUAAAGCGCAUUUCCGGCCUCAUCUACGAAGAGACCCGCGGGGUGCUGAAAGUGUUCCUGGAGAACGUGAUCCGGGACGCCGUCACCUACACCGAGCACGCCAAGCGCAAGACUGUCACCGCCAUGGACGUGGUCUAUGCGCUUAAGCGCCAGGGACGCACUCUCUACGGCUUCGGUGGCUAAAGUCUCA